AUGGCUUUCAAUAGCAGUCCUUGCACCGAACAGUCGGAUUCGCACCUCCGGCUGCUGGGCCAUGAUUCGACUUUGAUGGUGGGACAAUCGGUCUCGCUCACCUUGGGCGGCGAUUCCCUCCUGGUAGUCGACGAGCGCGCCAUGCGCAAGUCGGACCGUACAUGCUGCGGCUUACUCCCAAAACCCACCAACAAAGUCACUCAUUCAAUCUCCCUGUACAAUGUCCUCGACACGAAAGUGUCCACAGCCGGCCUGACCAUCACCUACGCGGAGCCAGCGGGCAAAAAUGACGUCUCCGUAACUGCCCUACAAUAUCCGAUCGCCGACGAAGAAAAAGCGACGGUCGAGACGUGGUCGAAAAAGUUACUCUCCCUUGCUUACGGCAACGCACAGCGGUACAAGCGCUUCAAGGUUCUGAUCAACCCGUUCGGUGGCAAGGGGACUGCCGCACGAUUAUAUCGGACGUAUGCGGAACCGGUUUUCGAUGCUGCACAGUGCCAGCUGGACGUGCAGGAGACUACACACGGGGGACAUGCUACGGAGAUCGCGGAGCAAAUAGACAUCGACGCAUAUGAUGCAAUUGUGUGCUGCUCCGGGGAUGGUCUGCCGUACGAGGUGUUCAAUGGUCUUGCGAAGAAGCCGAACGCGCGGGAGGCUUUGGCCAAGCUGGCGGUUGCGAUGUUGCCUUGUGGCUCUGGAAAUGCAAUGGCUUGGAACCUUUGUGGGACGGGAAGCGUUUCGGUUGCUGCUUUGACUAUUGUCAAGGGAUUGCGGAUGCCGAUGGACUUGAUGUCUGUCACGCAGGGAGGGUCCCGCACGCUCUCAUUCUUGUCCCAAUCAUUCGGUAUCAUUGCCGAUUCGGAUCUAGGAACGGACAAUAUACGUUGGAUGGGAGCUCAUCGAUUUACCUACGGCUUCCUCAUGCGCCUUAUGCACAAGGCAAUCUACCCGUGCGACCUGGCGAUCAAGGUGGCGAUUGACGACAAGACCGCUAUAAAGAACCAUUACGACACCUACGUAAACAGCCCACCGCCGGUUCGGCCCACUGACGCAGGUGGUGAGGAGCCCAAAAGUCUUCCCGAACUCGAGUACGGCACCGUCCUUGACCCUCUCCCUGAAGACUGGACAGUCAUUCCCGGAGAGACAAUCGGCAACUUCUUCGCCGGAAACAUGGCCAUCGUAUCAAAAGACACGAACUUCUUCCCAGCAUCUGUACCAAACGACGGCCUAAUGGACAUCGUCACUGUCGACGGGACGACGAGCCGCGCCAAAAUUCUCAAGAUGAUGAGCGCCGUUCCUGAAGGCGCAUUCUUCGACAUGCCCGAAGUCGACAUCCGCAAGGCCCUCGCGUUUCGACUUACGCCCCGAGAAAAGGAAGGCUUUAUCAGCGUCGACGGCGAAAAGAUCCCCUUCGAAGCCUUCCAGGUCGAAAUCCACAAGGGCCUCGGCACGGUACUCUCAAAGUCGGGACACCUCUACGAGGCGCAGGGGCCGCGACCAUAA